AUGAAGAAGCAAUAUUGGGAUAAUCCUCCAGAUUGGUAUGGCAAGAAGAACUACCAAAUCACCGAGGGAGGCAGUUACUCGCUGCGGAAUGGACACCUUCGCAGGAUCCGAAAGAACCGUGUGCUGGUUGUGACCGAUUUGGAUCACACGCUGAUUGGCCACGAGCGAGAUCCUGAGAACAAACUCUUAGAGGAAUUCAAAAACACUUGGCUGGGAGAGUAUGCCCUGAACGGCUCCGCUUUGGCCUACUCUACUGGCCGAAACAAGAGCAUGGCCUUAGACGUGGCAAAGGAACGAGGUUUGCCCAGACCAGAGCUGAUGAUUUGUGGUGUUGGCACCGAAGUCUAUGCGAUCCCACAGACAUUGCCUUUGUUUGAUUGGUGGGAGGCAGGGCAGACUUUGGAGCUGAUGCCUGAAUGGAGGACCAAAGUGCUCAAUGGAUUCGACCGAAAGUAUGUGGAGGACAUCCUCACCGCUGGUUUCCCCAAGUUUGAACUUCGGGGAACUCCUCAGGACGACCCUUACCGAAUCCCCACGGCCUACCAAAUGGAUGGUAACUUUGAUGCUGGCAAGACGACCCUUCAGGAGACCCUGGGAGAGAAGUACCAGGUGAUCUCUUCAGGGCAUGGUGAGUGGAAGCUCAUUGAUAUUUGUUCUGCAGAGGCAGGGAAGGGCAAGGCUUUGGAAUUCGCCCGAAGGGAGCUGAAGUUCGAACCUGGCGAAACCCUUGCGUGCGGGGACAGUGGAAACGAUGAGCUGAUGUUCAGAUGCAAUGGUGGCUAUGGGGUCAUGGUGGCCAACAGCUUGCCGGAACUGGUGGAGGCAAUGACUGGAAACGCUCAGGAGGGCCUGCCCUUGACGCAGGGCAAGACGCAGCACCGGCCCGUUGUAUGCGUUGCAGCACUUUUGGCCCUGAACGCGGCCCGAACGCGUGGACGAAUCCACGGUGCUGCCAACAUCCCAGGCCUGGGCCUUGGCCCCAAAAGUGGGCCAGAGAUGGGUUUUCCCGGCUACAAGUUCUCGGGCGGUGCAUCCCACGCGGAUGGGCCGAGUGGAAGCACUGCCCAAAGCCCGGGCUAUGAGUCUCUGGAAGUUUCCACCUGGGAAGAAGCCACGUUGGUGGCUGUGCUGAGUCUUCUGCUGGACGCCCUGGGUCCGGAGAGCUGUCGCCUGCAAUGCCUCUGCCGCGGCGCACAGCUGGGACGCCUGGAGCUGCGGCAACUCUUCCAGGACUGGAGUGGCGAGCUGUGCUUGGCCAAGUUGACAUCCGAAGAACAGAACGAUGUGGAGCGAACCAUGCGCCGGGCGGUGGCUGUGGCGACGCUGGCUGGGAGGUCAGAGGACCUGUGGCGUCCUGAUGCCGGACGCCCAGCGCUUGUUGUGGCGGCUUGCAGUCGCCCCAAGGCGCGAAGUCAGCAGCUGCUGCGGGCGCUGCUGCAGCAACGCGCGCAGCCGGAGGCCCGUAGUCCUGACGGAUGGAAUGCCUUGAUGUGGUCCGCGCAACGCGGCAACUGUGACGAUUGCCGAUUGUUGCUGGAGGCCCGGGCGUCCGCCAACGCCGUGUCUGCGGACGGCACCUCGCCGUUACUGUGCGCCGUGCGCGCAGAUGUUGCUCCACUGCAGGUGGUGAAGCUGUUGCUGACGUACAAGGCGGACCCUGCCUUGGUUCCAAUGCAAAGUCCCUUCGAUGAGUACGUCGACAUGGACGUGCGAGAAGCAUUAGCGAGUGCCAAAGCGGCAAAGAAUGACAAGAAGAAACCCGAGAAAAACACUUUGAAGGGCUGGGCUCGGAUCCCCGGCGCCUCUUUGGCAGUCGUGUUUCGAGGGUCUUUGUUCUUUCCACGAAUUCCAAGAGCAAGCAGUGAGCUGUGGAAAUGCAAGAAAUUUUGUGCUCAAAAGCAUCCAGUCUGGGUUAGAAGUUCGCCUCUGUGCAUCAUGCCUUCCAAAGCUUGCUCCGUGGCAAUUGCCGGUGUCGGUGCCUAUGCGGCUGCCCAGGCAUUCUUGGCCCCUUCCGUGGGCCCACAGGUGAACCAGCAACAGGUGCGCAACUUGCGUCAGCAGCCAGCGGCCACAGAGUCGUCCUCUGCUGCUGCAGGUGCUUUGACCCUGGGUGUUGCCGGUGUGGCAGUUGCGUCGGCCGCACAGGUCGGAAAGCGCACAGCACGCCGUUCCCAGGUGGUGCGCCAGGCCACUGCCGUGGCAGAGAAGGUCUUCACCAAGAUGCCUGCUUCCGUGAAGCCAGGAGUUGUGACUGGCCAGGCCUUGGUUGACUUGCUCAACUACGCAAAGGAGAACGAGUUCGCCAUCCCUGGCGUCAACGUUGUGAGCUCCAGCUCAGUGAAUGCUUGCAUGGAAGCAGCCAAGAAGGCUGGCGGCCCUGUGAUGGUCACCUUCUCUCGUGGUGGUGGUCAGUUCUUGGCGGGCAAGGCCGCUGACAACACCGAUGAUGCUGCCUGCAUUGCAGGCACCGUGGCUGGAGCACUUCAUGUGCGCCAAGUGGCCAAGCUCUACGGUGUGCCGGUGAUCCUUCACACCGACCACUGCCAGAAGUCUUGGUUGCCAUGGUUCGAUGGCCUCAUUGAGGCCAGCGAGGAGUACUUUGAGAAGAACGGUGAGCCUCUCUUCUCUUCCCACAUGUUGGACCUGUCAGAGGAAUCUUUGGAGGACAACAUCUCCAUUUGCAAGAAGUACUUGGAGCGCAUGGCCAAGAUCAACCUUUUGUUGGAGAUGGAGCUUGGUGUGACUGGUGGUGAGGAGGAUGGUGUGGACAACACCGAUGUGGACUCCUCUCGUUUGUACACACAGCCUGAGGAGGUUUGGCAGGUCUAUGAAGAGCUUUCUUCCGUGCCCAAUGGCAACUUCACCGUGGCCGCUGCUUUCGGCAACGUGCACGGAGUCUAUGCCCCUGGCAACGUGAGCCUGAAGCCAGUGAUCCUGCACAACACCCAAGAAUACAUCAAGGAGAAGUUGGGAUGCGAGAGCGACAAGCCAGUGUCUUUCGUCUUCCAUGGUGGCUCUGGUUCCUCCCUGGAGGAUAUCCGUUACGCCAUUGAGGCCGGAGUUGUGAAGAUGAACAUUGACACUGACACUCAGUGGGCCUUCUGGGAUGGCAUGAACGAGUACCAGAAGAAGAACAAGGACUACUUGCAGGCCCAGAUCGGAAAUCCUGAGGGAGCCGAGAAGCCCAACAAGAAGUACUAUGAUCCUCGUAUGUCUCUCCGCAGUGGUGAAGAGUUUAUGGCUGAGCGCCUGGUGAAGUGCAUGGAGGCCUCAGAGGCUGAAUUGCAGCGAGUCUCCACCAGCAUUGAGGAGUUAGCACAGAACCUGCCGCCCAAGUUCAAGAACCAUACCAGGACAGCUGCACCCUACUUGGCCUUUGCCUGGAUUCACUUCUUGAUGGGAUUACCAUAUGUCGUGAAGGGCUUCAAGAAGGUUCAGGAAGGCAUUAGCCUGAUUCCAGAGAAGAUCUUUUGGGCCAUUCUUAGUUUCCUGGUCUGUUUCUUCGGCGGCAUUUUCCCGGCCACCAUCGCCGCUGCCGAGGCCUGGAAUCUCUGCGGUGGUCCUGAGGUGUGGGAUCAGACCAAGAUUCUCAUGCACGAAUUCGCGAAGGUCGUGGAAGCCACCAAAGAGGAUGGCAAGGAGGAUAAAGACCAACAGGAAGCCUUGACGCCCCAGCAGGUCAUCCAGAAGAAGAUGAUCAUCGCCCUUCAGGUCAUGGAACCUGAGAAGGUGAGCAAUUCCUUGUCAUGCAUCUACAUUUGCUGGAUCGGUGUGGUGGGUGUGCUCCGCUUGCAGUUUGCUCGGACCAUCACCCUUGGGGAGGUGAUCGGAGCCAAAGUUUAUAAGCCCGUGCGGAAACUGGAGCCUGCCAUCGAAUCGGUGAUCCCAGAGGACUAUCAGAAGUGGGUUCCAGUCGUCACCCGCUGGACCUGCAAAGCUGUGGCCAUUUCAAUGGCAUGGUGGAUUCAGCGGAUCAUCUCUGCCGUGCAUUCGGCCAUCCGCGGCGGCAUGAUCUUCGGGGAAUACCUGGUGGACUUUCUGCACGAGAAGGGCUUCUUGGUGGUCGAGCAUAGAGACACCUACAUGGACGAGGCUAUUGGCUGGUCCAUCGCUGCGCUGGGCUUUAUCACACAGCUCUUCUUAGGGUUCCAACUGCCCUUGAUCCUAAACCUGGUGCUAUGGCCCGUGCAAUUGCUGGAAGCCUUCAUCGUUUGGACCGUGAGCAGCUGA